UGACUUACGAUGGCUGCCGUACGCAGGGACCAUCGUGACAGGGAGUCCAAAACACCAUUCAGACGGAAAAUAAUGCCUUUUAACUCAUACUGGACUUUCGCUUUUCUUAUUCUUACUGCGAACUGGUGUUAUGCCGAUGAUGAUCACGAAAUGGAGGAGUUUUUGAAGCGGGAGUAUUCCCUUUCCAAGCCGUACCAAGGUGUGGGAUCCUUAGGCUCCUCCCACUGGGAGCUGAUGGGGGAUGCCAUGGUAACCACUGACCAGGUGCGCCUCACACCUGACAUGCAGAGCAGGCAGGGGGCAGUAUGGGGCCGCAUUCCUUGCCAUCUGAAGGACUGGGAGAUGCAAGUGCACUUUAAGAUCCACGGGCAAGGAAAGAAGAACCUGAAUGGUGACGGUUUGGCCAUUUGGUAUACUAAGGAACGUAUGCAAAAAGGUCCUGUGUUUGGAAAUAUGGACAACUUCACUGGCUUGGGUGUGUUUGUGGACACGUAUCCCAAUGAGGAGAAACACCUAGAGGCGCAGAAGAAAAGAUAUACUCCUCGCACACAGAGGAUCUUCCCCAUCGUCCUGGCCAUGGUCGGGAAUGGCAGCAUCAGCUACGACCACGAGCGGGACGGCCGGCCCACAGAGCUGGGCAGCUGCAACGCCAUGGUGCGCAACCUCAAACAUGACACUUUCCUCUUCAUCCGAUACGUCCGCCGCAGACUCACGGUGAUGAUCGACAUCGAGGGGCAACAUGAGUGGAGGGACUGCCUGGACUUACCCGGGGUGCGGCUUCCCCAAGGCUAUUAUUUUGGAGCUACAGCCAUCACUGGAGACCUCUCGGAUAACCAUGAUAUCAUUUCCCUGAAACUCUACCAACUGACGGUGUUGCAGAGUAAAAAGGAAGAGGAAGAGGAGGAAGAGGAGAUAACCAUACCCAGUGUAGAUAACAUUGAACUACUCAGAUCUGGACAGACCGAAGAACGGAUGAGUGGACUAGCCAUUUUCUUCACCGUGCUCUUCUCCAUGCUGGGCUGUAUGUUCCUCAUUGUCGUUGGCCUGGUGGUCUACAGCCACUGGAACGAGAGCCGCCGCAAGCGCUUCUACUGAGAAAGACAUGGUGGAGAUGGUGGUAACUGCUUUGGUCCGUGGGCCCAGCUGGACUGAGGCGAAAAUGAGACGCUGCUGUUGGUCAGUAGAGCGCAGUAGGUCGUUUCAUCCUGAGGACAACACUAUUUUGACAGGAGAUAGAGUCGAUGUAUCACCUGCUACAAAGAGCCAUUCUCCAACUCUGCCACUGGAGGUCAUGAAGCAGUAGGAGGACUUUAUGUCACACUUUGCCCUCAGCCCCUGUCUGACGCACACCAACUCGGCCUUACCAUCUCCACCUCUGUACUAUUUACAGUCAUGCAGUAUGGAUUUCAGAUUUUAUGGCUUUGAGAAAUAUAAAUACAUAAGUAUCCAAGGUGUUCCUACCUGCAGUAUGACUUGAAGCUCUAACCAAAUAGCACAAAAAAAAAUUGUAUCAUCUUUACAGUAGCUCCUUACUAACAAAAGCUGCGUCCCCACUCUUCUUUGCAGUAGAAAAAGCGCUUUAUACUCGAUCAUUUUGACUGUGUACAGCAUACUGUAUAUUCUAUUCCUGUAUUUGUAGUAUGCAUGACAUUCGUUGAAGUUUUUUUGUUUUUUAUGAAUCGUCUACCUUGUUGUAGACCUUUUUUAUGCGUUUAUGUAAAGCAUAUGGAAAACUGAGCUCUGUUUCGUUUGCGCAUGUGACAAAGAUUUGGGCGUUUCAGGGAAAUCUUUACUUUAAACUGUUGUUCGAAAUGUUUAUUUAUAUUUGUCACUGUUCCCUUCCCCUUAAUGUUAUAUGUGUAUUAGAGGAAAUGCAUCAUCGCCUUUUGGUCAGGUUAGAGCAAAUUCUAAUAAAUAUAUUUAAAAUAGAUCAAGCUUUGCACUGAAGGAAACAUUUUAAUGACUACUUAUUUAUUGUAUUUUGCCUCUUGCUGACACUUUUUCUUUGCACAUUGGACACUAAAAUUAGCUUUUCUGUUUUUUGUUCCUUUUGUGUUCUAUGUAGACACCACCUCUGUGUUUCUGUCAUGCAGUAUUGUAUAUUAGUAUAGUGUUUUUUUUUGCAGUGAACUGAACAAACAUGCUGGCUUGGCCUCAGGCUGCUGUCUACUUUGGAUCUGGGUGUUUGCUAGCUGUUGUUGAUCUGGCCCCACCUUCUUCUUUAUGUUCUGAAAAUCGCCUCAAGCCAACAUCAUAUAUUUUAUGUGGUCUUUUGUUUUCAAUUGUGCAGUGCGUGAUGACUUCCUCAUUUCCUGUUGCCACCUCCACAGCUGCCCUACCUUAUUCAUAUAUUGUUUGUUGCUUUGUAUGAAAACCGUGUGCCUCGUGUCCAUUCAGUUACCCACAAAUUACAUUUUGUAACCAUUUAUAGCUCUCCUGAGCUCUUGGCAUUAUAUCAUUAAAGACCUACAUCGGUA